AUGAGAGAUAAAUUAUCUUUGCUUCUAAUUUCCCUGGUAUUAUUCAGUCUCUUACCAGUUGAAUCUACUAUAUUGGAAUACACAUUUGCAGAUCCAAUUUAUUAACUACACUAUGAAAUCGACUAAUCACUGGCAAAAGAGGUUGAAGAUACCAAAGUCAUUAUGACACUUGUUCUGAACAACUAUGAUAUAAGUUCUUGGUCUUCUGCUAACGGUUAGCAGGGAGUUUGGCUUGGAAUAGGAUAUGGAUCUAAAACGAUGACUAACACUGAUAUGGUUACUUGCAGAUAUUACUAUACAAAUAGUUAGAGUGACAUAUUCCACUGCUCUGAUUAGUACACAGACAAUUCUAGAGGCAGAUUUAAUGAUACAACUUAGAGUAUAUAAAAUGUCAAAACAAACAGCAACCCUAUUAUAAAAACUGCAGGCUAAACAUUAACAAAAGCCAACUUCUCUGUGUCAUUCGAAAGACUCUUCGCUACAAAAGAUUUGAAUUCAGACUAUGUACUUUCACCCAAGAUAGAAUUUUCAAUUUAUGCCUUUGGAAGUAUAUCAGGGGGAGCGGUUCAACCAUGCACAGCUGCUAACAGAGGAUUUAAGUAUUUGGAUUUGAGUCAAGGUUAUAUAGAAUCAUUUUCGACUUCAGCAAAUAUUAUCUAAAUAUGCACAUCUCUUAUAAUCGUUUCACUCUUUAUCCUUAAUGACUCUCUUUUCUGA